UAGCUAUAGGACUAUUGCUGCGCCAUAUCUGUGUGAGACAUCGCUCGUCUCGUACACGAAGUUUUCUCGUGCUCCUGAAAUUCCAUUUCCAACCUGAAACAACAGCGUUUCGCUGACUGACCAGGCUGAAGUCACCCCGGCAUUUCGAGCACUCAUUUUCCACGAUGAUGAGGGUGGUAUUUUGUGUGUUUUUGGCCGUGUGUUUGUGUCUGACACGAGGUGUUGAUUCUUUGGAAUGUUAUAGCUGCACUGAUUGUGGACUUUCGGGCAUCUUCUCCAUCCUGGAGACCAAGACUACUUGUGCAGACCUUUUAGGAACUGGCCGAUGUUCCAAGACCGUACUGCCUGAUGGAACUGUGGACAGAGGUUGUGCUGAUGCGGUGACUUGCGCUGGUACAGAUCUGUUCGCCAAAUGCAGAAGUGCAAGCGACACCAACUGUAGAAUCUGCUGCGACACGGACACCUGCAACAGCGCCUCCAACAUCAAGGUUGCCUGGUUGGCUGUCCUCCUGCCUGUGGCUGCUGCCAUCUUGGCUGCACGCUUCUAAAUCAUGCAUAUUCAUGAGCAAUAGUCCAAUCCGCACAGGUUUUGGCAUGUACAAACUUGAUAGUAACUGUCUUUAUAGUGUUUCUGUAAUGCCAUCCGGCUUUGCUAGCUUUGAGUGCUAAGUGCCAUCUUGUCCUGAAGUUGACUGAGAGACUAAGAGAUGGUGCCUUUUAUUUCAUUGUUAAAUGAGGGAGACUAAAAUGAUUCGGCUUUUGAGGCCGAUGAAGUGCUUCCUUCAUUUAUAAUACAACAGUAAGGCAACCUAUCAACGUUUGUAACCUUCGUGAUGAGUGGCUGAAAUUAUGACAGUUCAUUGAGUUCAGUACUAUAUCGUUGCUCGUAUCUUAGCCAUUUUAAGAUAGUUUCGUUAACUUUAAGUUUUUCACAAUGGCCUGCACCUACAGUUUCUUUAAAAUAUUUUUAUUUUGUGGCAGCAUUUUGUUUCCUUCCAAAUAUUCCCAGACACACUUUUCACCACUCACUUUAAUAAUAAUCAACAGACACAGUCGUGUUGACAUAAGGCAACCAGCAAAAUGUUUUGUCUAAACAAAUUAAAACAAGCCGCGUGUGUGUCGGGUACAUGCCCAUGUAUCUGCAGCUAUUGUGGCUUUCAAAAGUAAUGGCUCCUGAUGCGUCAGCGUAAUAAAUUGUACUUGCAACAUGCUACAAGCGGCAAAUUUCAUGCUUGACUUGUCAUCUCUUAGGGGUAGUACCAUACAUCGGACGUCACAGCCCUCAAUUCACUUUAGACGUGGAAGAAGUCGAAAUCUGAAUUCCUUUCCGACCUUGUCUGUUCCUGGCUGAGCGGUGUGAAUCUGGUAAUAGAUUUUUAAUAUCAUCAUUCAACAAUGUUCAAUCAUUCAUGUUAGUGCAUACAUGCAGGUCACACUGUCAGUUGACCACAGAAAUCUUCGUCUUCAACACGUUCAGAUGUUUGAUAUGAAUGGGUGUACAUAUCAGUUUUUUUUAUUCUCUUGACAAGUGUCAUACCUGUAUUCGUAGAGAACAGGGGGGACAUGUUUUCUUCCAGAACAUGAGACAGUAAUUUCAGAUCCACUUAAGUACAUAAACACCCCUCUUAAAAUUUUCUUCAACUUGAGGAGGUGUUGUCUGUUCAUUCUAAUGAUGAUGUGUUUUGUGAAGAAUUUAAGUACAGCAUCCGAAAUCUCCCAUUGCAAUUUUAUAUCGCAGGAAAUAAAAAUAUUCAGUACCACGUUGUAGUAUGUUUUAAUGUCCUUUUCUUUUUCCUUUCUGGCUCUCAUAAUAUCCACUCUUUACUGUCUGAUCAAGUGUCUUUAGCUAUUUGAAUUUCUAGCCCUACUACCACAUGGCUAAGAGACCUUUUGCUAAUGGCAUAAAGGGCACUAGCGUAUGCCAUACAUGCCAUUAAUUCUACAACAACUUAUUCAGUACCACAGAAUCUACCUGUGCAAUAAGCCUAGCUCUUCUAGAAAUAGUUGGAAGCAGCACUGAUUGACUCUAUUUUCACAGGAAGGACACCACCCAACCAACUAGGGACAAAACCUUGAAGAAACUCCUCCCUGUUUGCGCAAAAUUGGCUGCAAAUUUAAAAUGGAACUGUGGCCGCGAUAAUUGAAGUGGAAUUCAACUUGAAAGUCCAGUACGUGUUCAGCGUGUUGUGUUUUGGGACGUGCAUGGAAGUUACUUACAUGUGCACUUUGAUCUUUACAACAGUGAAAUGUUGUGUGGUGUAAUUAUAUGAACAGAUGAAAGGGUGUUUAUGAUUGCAACUGCUCGUGCGUGACAGUUGAAAUGGCAUUCUGCUAAAACCUGUGACCUUUAGGACGAAGUUGUGGUGGCCCUAUCGUGCACUGGCGCGGCGGCAGAACGAUUUUCAAAGGGGGGGGGUGUGUUAGACCAUCAGGCAUCGGCCAUUAAUGGGUCGAUGCAUUAUGCCCCACCCAAUUAUAUAAAACCUGCAAAAAGUGGGGGCAGGUCCCUACCGUCGAAAAAGUGGGGGCUUCCACCGCUAGUGAUAUCGUGGAUCUCUAGAUUAUUUUGUUGCAUUGAUCGCAACACAUAGACCUAUUUCAUUCUGUCUUCACAGCCUUACAGAAAAGAGGUUUUGGAAAAAAACGGUGAGAAAAGGGGGAAAAAUAAGACAUCCUACCUUUUCAGUCCUUUUAAUGAUAUUCAUUCAUAGUAAAACAUUUACUAGUUAUCAAUGAAGUCGGACGUCUGAAAUAAAAACAUCAGAAUUUGGAGUCGUUUUGUUAAUUGGGGCUCUAAAUUCUCCAUACAUCAUGAUAUUAACUUUUCCGAAGGUUGCAUAAUGUUAGACUUGUGAAGAAACUGUCUUUUAUCUUUCUUAUAUCGCGUGGUGUAAGCUUUUCCCAAUAAAUGAAAAGGAUAACUGA